AUCGACCCCGGCACGAAGCGGAAGUUGAGGAUCUGGGCGGGCACCCAGACGCCCCAAUUGGCUUUCGUGACGGGCCACCAGUCCGCGCGCAGCUUGUCCGGAAUCUGCUCGGCGUUGCCCUCCAGCGUCAAGACGGAGGACAGGAACACGGGCAGGAACGUCGGCGCGAAGCCCAAUUGGUCUAGCGCCAGGCGCUUGGCGACCGCCGCAGUGGAGACGCCGGGCAGGCGCGACCCCAGGAAGCCGUACCACACGUGCAGCACGGGCGUGAUGAGGACGCCGCCCAGGAAGGUGAAGAUGGCGGUGCGCUUGACGUCCAGCAAGGGCUUCUCCUCGUCUUGGUGGUCGCCCGCCUCUAGCACGAGCUGGCAGCCAACGUCGCCGAGCCCCGCGAUGGCCCCGCCCGUCACGAUCUUCGUGGGCAGCGGCGCGCCGCAGCAGGAAGAGCCCGAGGCGCCGGAGAUCGUCUCCGAGUUCCCGGCGCCGCCCAAGUUCUUCGCGCUGUAUGCGGACGGCGUGGAGAGCGGCCCGGCGCCGCCCGAGCCCAUGGAGCCCACGUACCACAUGUUCGGGUCGCCCUACAGCACGCAGGACGUGGUGCCCGACCUGCUGCCCCAGCCAGGCAAGAAGCUGUACGCGCCCGAGGGCGACGAGGGCGACGCCGCCGUCGUGGACUACAAGGCCCAGAUGAAGAAGAUCAACCGCUCGCUGCUCGCCAACUUCGUGGAGCUCGUGGACGUCCUCAUCAAGAAGCCGACCAUGUUCAAUGAGAAGCUGGACGACAUCGAGCUGCUCUUCCUGAACAUGCACAACCUGAUCAACGCCUUCCGGCCGCACCAAGCGAGGGAGACGGUGAUCCAGAUGCUCAAGACCCAGGUGCAGGAGCGUCGGGACGCGGCGCGGGACAUCCGCCGCACUAUCGACGAGUCCAGACUCGCUGUCGAGCGCGUGCACGGAGAGCUGCACGAGUCGACGGACGAUGCGGCGGCUGCCGACGGAGCGUCGCCUGCAGGGACCGAUGAGGACGUCAAGAUGGAGAAUGUCGAUGGAUCGGGCGCUGCAGGGAACGGAGGCGAUCAGGCCAACGCCAACGGCGCGGCCAGUGCUGCAACGCUCACACCGGCGCAGCAUGAACAGGCUGAGGUA